GUCCCCUGUUGAUUUGCAUAACAGAGACGAGAGAACCAGUGAGUGACAAAUAACGGAAGGGGAAGAAGAGGAAAAUGAGCAGCCAUUGCUUGGAUCUCUCUGCGAAUUGUUCAUCCCUUUUCGCCUCUCCGAGAUCGAGUUCGUCUCUUUCUCCGUCAAGACUCUCCAAUUUUCGGUUCUUCUUUCGCUCUGGCAAGAAUUCCAGGGGGAGAUCGAGGCUAUGCUCUGCCUGUCCUCACUCGUGUGUGCAUCCAUGGCGGUCGGGGUCCAUCAACAAAGUCCUCAACUCCGUCCGACCCGUUUCGGCGCUGGGCGACUCGGGGCAAGUUUAUUCUGCGGAGAAAGUCGGGAAGAGGACCGAUCUGAAGAAGAUUCUAAUCCUCGGCGCCGGUCCGAUCGUGAUCGGACAAGCAUGCGAGUUCGAUUAUUCAGGAACCCAAGCUUGUAAAGCCCUGAGAGAAGAAGGGUACGACGUUAUCUUGAUCAACUCGAACCCGGCAACAAUCAUGACCGACCCGGAAACUGCCGACCGGACAUACAUAGCUCCGAUGACGCCGGAGCUCGUCGAGCAGGUAAUUGAGAAGGAGCGUCCGGACGCUCUGUUGCCCACCAUGGGAGGCCAAACCGCCUUGAACCUCGCCGUCGCACUCGCCGAGAGUGGAGUGCUCGAUAAAUACGGGGUCGAACUGAUCGGAGCUAAGCUUGACGCAAUCAAGAAGGCCGAGGAUCGGGAUUUGUUCAAGCAGGCGAUGAAGAGCAUCGGGCUCAAGACACCUCCUUCGGGUAUUGGAAACACUCUCGAUGAAUGUUUCGACAUUGCAGAGAGAAUAGGUGAGUUCCCUUUGAUUAUCCGCCCUGCGUUUACUCUAGGAGGCACAGGUGGUGGAAUUGCGUACAAUAGAGAGGAGUUCGAGUCGAUAUGUAAAGCUGGUUUGGCUGCGAGUUUGACAAGUCAGAUUCUUGUGGAGAAAUCUUUACUGGGUUGGAAAGAGUAUGAGCUUGAGGUGAUGAGAGAUUUAGCUGACAAUGUUGUGAUCAUAUGUUCUAUUGAGAAUAUCGAUCCAAUGGGCGUGCACACGGGUGAUUCCAUCACUGUGGCGCCUGCACAAACCCUAACCGAUAAGGAGUACCAGCGGCUUAGGGAUUACGCCAUUGCGAUUAUUAGAGAGAUUGGUGUGGAGUGUGGUGGGUCUAAUGUGCAGUUUGCAGUGAACCCUGUUGAUGGUGAGGUUAUGAUCAUUGAAAUGAACCCUAGGGUUUCCAGGUCUUCAGCUCUCGCCUCUAAGGCUACAGGGUUUCCCAUUGCGAAAAUGGCAGCCAAGUUGUCUGUCGGGUAUUCUCUGGAUCAGAUUCCAAAUGAUAUCACGAAGAAAACACCCGCUAGCUUUGAACCCUCCAUUGAUUAUGUGGUGACAAAGAUUCCUAGGUUUGCAUUUGAGAAGUUCCCCGGAUCUCAGCCUCUGCUAACUACUCAGAUGAAAUCUGUCGGGGAAGCCAUGGCUCUCGGCCGGACGUUCCAAGAAUCUUUCCAGAAAGCUCUGAGAUCGCUGGAAUGUGGGUACUCGGGUUGGGGCUGUGGAAAAGUUAAAGAAUUGAAUUGGGACUGGGAACAACUAAAAUACAGCCUCAGAGUCCCAAAUCCAGACAGGAUCCAUGCAAUAUAUGCUGCGAUGAAGAAGGGUAUGAAAGUCGAUGAAAUCCAUGAGUUGAGCCUCGUGGACAAAUGGUUCCUAACACAACUGAAGGAGCUUAUAGACGUGGAACAGUAUCUUAUGUCCUGGCCCUUGUCUGAGAUCACGAAAGAAGACCUUUACGAAGUGAAAAAACGAGGUUUCAGCGAUAAGCAAAUCGCUUAUGCGACAAAGACGACCGAGAAAGAGGUUCGUACGAAGCGUGUUUCUUUAGGAGUUGUUCCUUCUUACAAAAGGGUCGAUACUUGUGCUGCUGAGUUCGAGGCCCAUACUCCUUACAUGUACUCUUCAUAUGAUUAUGAAUGUGAAUCCGCUCCAAAGAACCAGAAGAAAGUUUUGAUUUUGGGCGGAGGUCCGAACCGUAUUGGUCAGGGGAUUGAAUUUGAUUAUUGUUGCUGCCACACAUCUUUCGCCUUACAGGAUGCUGAAUACGAGACCAUAAUGAUGAAUUCAAAUCCUGAGACGGUAUCUACAGAUUACGAUACGAGUGAUAGGCUCUACUUUGAGCCCCUAACGGUUGAAGACGUCCUGAACAUUAUUGACGUUGAGAAACCCGAUGGCAUCAUCGUGCAGUUUGGUGGGCAAACACCUCUGAAGCUGGCUCUUCCGAUCAAACGUUAUUUAGACGAACACAUGCCCAUGAGCUCGAGUGGAGCAGGACCAGUUCGUAUCUGGGGCACGUCACCGGACUCCAUUGAUGCGGCUGAAGACAGAGAGAAGUUCAAUAUUAUGCUUAAUGAUCUGAGAAUCGAGCAGCCGAAAGGCGGAAUUGCAAAGAGCGAAGCUGAUGCUCUCGCCAUCGCGAAGGAUAUAGGUUACCCGGUUGUUGUGCGGCCUUCUUACGUUUUGGGUGGACGGGCUAUGGAGAUUGUGUACGACGAUGCUAAGCUCAUAACGUAUUUGGAGAAUGCAGUUGAAGUUGAUCCAGACCGACCCGUUUUGAUCGACAAGUAUCUGUCCGAUGCCAUCGAGAUCGACGUUGAUUGCCUUGCUGAUUCCUAUGGAAAUGUCGUUAUCGGUGGGAUAAUGGAGCAUAUUGAGCAGGCGGGCGUUCAUUCGGGUGAUUCCGCUUGUAUGCUUCCCACACAAACGAUCCCGUCUUCUUGCCUGCAAACCAUAAGGUCGUGGACCACGAAGCUGGCGAAGAAGCUGAACGUAUGCGGGCUCAUGAAUUGUCAAUACGCGAUCACGACCUCUGGGGACGUUUUCUUGCUUGAAGCCAAUCCCCGUGCUUCCCGUACCGUCCCGUUUGUCUCGAAAGCCAUUGGCCACCCUCUUGCCAAGUACGCGGCCCUGGUAAUGUCGGGAAAAUCGCUCCAAGACCUGAACUUUACGGAAGAGGUAAUCCCGAGGCAUAUAUCCGUGAAAGAAGCUGUAUUCCCGUUUGAGAAGUUCCAAGGCUGCGACGUGAUACUCGGCCCGGAGAUGAGAAGCACUGGAGAAGUAAUGAGCAUCAGCAACAAGUUCUCGAGCGCUUUCGCCAUGGCGCAGAUCGCAGCGGGACAGAAGCUACCCUUAUCGGGAACCGUCUUCCUCAGCUUAAAUGAUCUGACAAAACCCCACCUCGGGAGAAUCGCAAAGUCCUUCACCGAGCUCGGGUUCAAGAUCGUGGGGACUUCAGGGACAGCUCAUUUCCUCGAACUGGAAGGAGUUUCGGUGGAGAGGGUCUUGAAGAUGCACGAGGGGAGGCCGCAUGCUGGGGACAUGGUGGCUAACGGGCAGAUCCACGUGAUGGUGAUCACGAGCUCGGGAGACGCUCUGGAUCAGAAAGACGGGCGGCAGCUGAGACGGAUGGCUCUGGCAUACAAGGUGCCGGUCAUAACCACGGUGGCUGGGGCCUUGGCCACGGCUGAAGCCAUCAAGAGCCUGAAGUCGAGUGCCAUCCAAAUGAUUGCCCUCCAGGACUUUUUCGAGGUCGAGGGAAGGGCUUCUUCUUCAGCUGCCGUCCGACAAGGAUCUUCUGUCUGAACCCAUCUGACGAGGAUUCUAUCGAGGGCCCCACUUGAAGCUCUGUGAACUCAGGUAUUAAUUACAAUACACAGUAACACAGCUUCUACGCCCUCUCUUCUCCGAUUCUCCGUUGUCUGUUUUUGUCGUUAGAAUCUAUGUUUUGACGGUUCAUUCUUUGUUGAAUCUCUCUCUCCAUAUAUAUAUAUGUAUGAGGAUCAUUUCAUAUA